AUGUCGCUCACGCACUUCUUCUACGAGCCAUUCUACUCCCUUUCUGACUUCGACCGUCUCUUUGACGAGGCGCUCGACGCGCGUCAAACUAGCGGCCGCACACGCGGUCAGAACAGUCGGCUUGCCACCCGGCAAGGCGCGUCGUCGUCUUUGAGCUCCCUGCGCCCCAAGAUGGAUGUGCACGAAGACAAGGAGAAGAACCUCGUGACCGCCACCUUCGAGCUGCCCGGACUCAAGAAACAGGACGUGCAGAUCGACGUGCACAACAACGUCUUGACCGUCUCGGGUGAGACAAAGAUCGACGAGACGAAGGAGCAGGACGGCUACGCAGUGCGCGAGCGCCGCUUCGGGCGCUUCUCGCGCUCCAUCCCUGUUCCGCAGGGCAUCAAGGAGGAGGAGAUCAAGGCGGCGCUCGAAGAUGGCGUCUUGAGCGUUACCUUCCCUCGCUCUGCGCCCGAGGCUGCACCGAGGAAGAUCACCGUCGCGUAG